GACAGCAAAACGUGGCCUGUUUAGUCACGGGACUUGAACAGCUCGCGACACGCGACUCUCGAACACACACAUGUUGCUUGUCAUGUCAGUAAAAUGAAGAAGAUGGGGGUCGCGAGGGGGGCAAGGGCCUCCCUGACGGAUUCAGACGAUGACAUGUUUGUACCAAACCCCACCUCGACGUCCAAAUUGGUGACUUUGGAGUCGGCCCGAAGAAGAGAGUUUCUCAGUUGUGGAAGUUUGUCGUCGGAUAACGAAGGUGGCGUUUGGGACAGCGAAGUUGAAAACAAACAUGGCUUCGGGUACAAACUGUCGAGGCAGGGUUCCAUCGUUGAUGGCUUGCUUCAUGAAAUAUACGACCGGUGGCAUGGGAGUUAUAGGGACAGCUUCGACAGUGACACAUUCACCGAAUGUUCCAGUACAUCGGAGGUGUUUCUCUCAAGAUGGGACUCUACGAAUUCUCCAUACGAACGUCGACAUGCCAGACAGUUCAGUAGGGCAUUUCUCGAAAACCAAAAUAUUUCUCAGCUUCGUAAGAUGUUUGGGGAUAUACAACGCAGUAUUAAUCAGUCUUCCACCCGCCUGGUGCGGCAGCUUAAAUGUCGAGACCGGCGGAUCGCGAAACUCCAUCGAAACUGUGAUGUUGUCACUGCCAUUCUACAGGCAGCCUCCCUGAAGAGACAAAUCGAUACUAGGAUGCGGUUCUCAAUUCAGCCUCCCCCUGGUGAGAGCGCCUUUGAGCAGUGGAAGGAUGCCAUGAAGGCUGUUGCUAGGUUACCAUUGGGAAUACCACAAGAAUUCAGGAAAAAGGUCUGGCUCAGUCUGGCUAAUCACUACAUCAAAGACUUGAAGAUUGACUGGGAGAAAACCGUGAGAUUCGCCUUCAAUGAAAGAAGCAACCCAGAUGACGACAAACUGGGACUACAGAUAGUGAAGGACCUACAUCGUACCGGGUGCAGCAGCUACAGUGGCCAGGACAACGAGCAGGACCGGGCGGUGUUAAAGCGGGUUCUCCUGGCCUAUGCCAGAUGGAACAAGCGGGUCGGCUACUGCCAGGGGUUCAACGUCAUAGCUGCCCUGCUGCUGGACGUCAUGGACAGGAAGGAGGACGACGCUCUCAUGGUGAUGAUUUACCUGAUUGAUCAUGUGCUUCCCGAGAGCUACUUCGCCAACAACCUGCGUGCCUUGUCUGUAGAUAUGGCUGUGUUCCGCGAUCUGCUCCGCUUCACCUACCCACACCUGGCCAAACACCUUAACCACCUGCAGAAUGCUGCUCAAGAUAUUACCACAGGUGCCUGCUACGAGCCUCCCUUGACGAACGUGUUCACCAUGCAGUGGUUCCUGACUCUGUUCGCGACCUGUCUUCCAAAGUCCAUCGUCCUACGGGUGUGGGACUCCAUCCUUCUGGAGGGCUCGGAGAUCCUGCUGCGCACCGCCCUCACCAUAUGGGGCAAACUGGCAAGGAGAAUCAAGUCCGUGGCUAGUGCAGACGAGUUCUACACCCUGAUGGGCGACCUGGCGGCAGACAUGAUCCAGGGAACUAUCUUCAAUGCUGAUGACUUCAUUAAAUCCAUCUACUCCCUGUCCCCGUUCCCCUUCCCCCAGCUGAGUGAGUUACGUGAGAAGUACACGUACAACAUCCGCCCCUUCACCAACACCGCCAAUACCAGCAAGAAGAGUGGCUCUCGUGUGGCCAAGAAUGUUCUCUACAGUGACGAGGACGACCUGGACGAUGAAGACAUCGAGGCCAUCACCUGCUUCCAGGGCUUCGUGCCUCAGGGCAUGAAAGGACGGGGUGAUGGCGAAUUGGGUUCUGGGUCGGCCGACAUCUCGGCCCUAGGCCCAGGAGCCUAUGGUAUUCACCCUGACGCCCAGGGUGCUGGACCAGUCUACAUGGAGAGAAUGUGUACAGACAUUGGCAGUCUGAAGAAACAGUACGAGAAGCUCCGACUUCGACAGAGACAGGCGCACAUCAUUAUAUCAGCUGCCUCUGCAAGACAGACACCAAAGCCAAAAGCAACCGUCUUGGUCCCGAAGAUCGAGAGUCCGCUGGCCAUGAACCAUCUGUUCAUAGGAAAACAUGCUGGAGGCCGCAACAGACUGGUAGCCGAAGGACCCAAGAUUGUCUCUGUGUUCAACCACUGCGAGAAAUAUCCUCAACUGGGAGGCCCGAACAGGAGGGAAAAACGUUCCGGUUCUGCCAGUUCUGCCAAAUCUGAACCUAAACGUGAGAGCUUCAGUAGUUGUGGGACACUGGAGGACAUGAGCGAGGGUGUGAGUCGCGACAGGGAAGGUAGCGAAGGAGAGAUGCCAUUGUCGAGUCCAGAUAUUAUGCAAGGAGAGGAUCUGGACUUGUCCCAGUUUGAUACUUCAGGGAGCCUCGAAGAUAAAACUGAGGAAAAUGUCAAUAAUAAUGCCAGUGUUGAUAUGGUCAGUGAUGCAGGACCAGUUUCUAGUGAUUCUAUGGACGGGAGGAUGGUGGCAGACAUCUGUCAUGAAGAUGCAGUGAUACCUGCUGAUGCAGACGCUGUGUCAUCUGGUGCAGACGCAUUGUCAAAUGGAGCAGAUGUCGUUUCAGGGUCCAAUGAAACGCUUUGUUCUCAGCCAGACGUGACAGUUAGUGAUGUGAGAAAGGAUUCACUGAGUUUUGACCGAGGAGGAAUGAGUGAUUCAAUGACAGAAGAUUACCCAGGAACCAGGUAUCAAUUAAAUUCUUAUAAGGAAAAUUUGAAAAUGGACAAAUACUCCCGACCUAAACCAGAUCUUAGGUUAAAUUUCACUCCAAGGAAUUCAAGUACAUCUGAGUCUGAUACUGGUCCAAGUCCUAAUCAGAUGCACACGGACAUGCUCACAAAAUUUGUUUAUAUUGCCAGUAAACAGCACAAUAACAAAACAAAAAGCUCAAGAUCGUCGUCUUCAUCGUCACAGUCAACCACGCCUACCAAUCCAGAUGGAUCCAAUUCAGUCAAGCCCUCAUCCCCAACCAAACCUUUCAAGCCUUUCCCAAUGAAACAGCUGAACUCGAACCGAGCCAAAAAUGGACUAAAACUGGGGUUGUACACAAGCUCCACCCUACAGCAGCUGGAGAAACAGGGGAAGCGAUCUCAGGGGUCUUUCUUCAAAGUCAAGAAUGCUUCAUGAUGCAAUGGAAUAACAGAACAUGUCUAGAAUCGUAUUCUACUCAAAGGAUGUAAAGGACCACCCAUUCAUAUUAGUACAAUGAAACAAUAUGGGGAUCCUUAACUUUUUUUGAGUAGUAUAUAAUGUAUAAAUGAUGCUAUGGCUGAAAGUUAUGUUGACGAUCGUAUGUCAUUGUGUAAAUAUUUUCGAUUGCAAACUGUUUUGGAGAGAGAGAGAGUGCUGUUAUGGGCGAUAUUGCUUGCGGCCAUAUUGGAUAUUUCAGGAAGUUUGAAGGUGGCGUUGUGAUUAGUGUGUGUGGAGAUGAAAGAUUACUGGAAAACUCGGUAAACAGCAAAAUAAAUCAAGGUUGUAUUAAUGCUUUUCAGUUUAUUCUAUCAUCUGGUUUUCAUUUCAUUUCAGGGAUUGGGCAAUUUGUAUAUUUGAGUUAGGACUUUGUAAAUAUGAUCCACUGAAUGUAACAGUGCUUAAUCCAUAUGAAAUCCACAGGCCAAAAUUUCAGCUUACAUUUGGGACAAUCAGGGAAUUUCUGCAUGUCAUACAGUUCAUGUUCUUGGUAUCGUCUGCUUAUAGAGAGACUCGUGUUUUGACGCUCAUUCACAUUAGGAUCCUUGAGUAUCAGUCAUCCAUUUUCCAUUAUCAUUAAUUUAUAUGUGCGGAGGGUCUGAAUUUUCAGACACAUUAUAAUCAUGAUAAUCACCUGGCCUCUCUUUAAGAGAAAUAUGAUAUCAAAAGAAUGAUUGUUCGUCUUGGUACAGGGAGAUUGAUAUUAGUGGCGACAAGAGUUAUUUACCCUGUAUUAAAGAUUUAAAAGUUGAAAUGCAAGAAAGAGAUAAAAGUGAAUAUGGAAUAUUAAUCUCAUCACUAUGAAAGAUUUUAGAGGUGAAAUAAUUUGAAGGAUGAUGGUCAAGUAAGAAUGAUAUACUUGAGCAAAUCUUAUACCGUAUAUUGUUGUAUACAGAAUCUCUUCAUAAAUGCUUAACCAGAAAAACACGAUGGGCGAAUGAAUCUUAGUUUAAGAGAAUUUCCAAAAGAAAUAGCCUUUAAACAAUUCUAGAUCAUGUUUUGUUUUGGUAAAAGCUCAAUAAUCUCUGCGUAUGUUGAAAUCAAAUUUUGUCAUCUGGAAAAAUGUCUUUAUAUUUCCUUGAGUUUUGCACACUUUUAUACAGUUUCAUUGUUUUGCAUGAAAUGAAGGAAUGUUAAACUGUAACUAGUUGUAUCCUCUUUAUGAUGCAAACACUUCGUGAUAACGUCUAACAAUGAAAGUGUACAUAAUACACAUGUAUAAAUGAAAUUGCAGAGCCAGUUGAAAGCAUUUAUUUUCCUAAGGUGUGAGAGGUGAAUCAUUGAUGUGAUAUAUCAACAUCAGGAAUGAAUAUGGCAAUAACAUAUAUCAGUUUUGAUGAAUGGAUGAAUAUGAUUGUCCAUGGCAAAUGGAAAUAUACAUAGUGUUUCAAACAUGUAUAAGUGUGUCUUGUUAUUCAAACUCUGCUAACUUUGUAAUCUUUUGUCAAUGUACCUACCAUUCCAGCUAAUUUCUUUUGGUAUAUAUCACUUUAGUCUGAACUUUAUUAUAUAUGGAAGAUUCUGACAACAAAACUUCGAAUUUGAUCAAAGGGAAGUAACUCUUUGGCUUGUCAUUUGCCACACCACUUCAAGCAACAAGGUUGGUAAGAAAAAUAUUUAUAUCUGGAAAAAAUCUUCAAAAUAUCUUCCUACAAUGUUUUCUUUCUCUCUAAUGGUAUUUCAUAAUUUGUAUAAACCACUGAUGGAAAAAGUAUGUAUCCUGUGAACUAUGAAGGAUUUGUUUAAUAAAAAUUCAUUAGUAUUUCAAAGUAAGUUUAGAAAAUCUGUUCAAGUGUCCUGACUACAUAUACUUGAUAAGUGCGUAUGUAGGUUUAUAUGUAGAACUGUUUAAUGUAUAACAUGCACAAGUAUCUACCGUGACCAUCACAUCUGCAUAUUACGAAGUUUUGUUGAGUUUAUGUAGAUAUUAUAUAUUUGUUGAGAUAAAAUUACAAAAUGUAAAAUACAUACUUUGUUUCAGUAAUAAUUUUUUAUGUUUAAAUUGUGCAAUAAGUUGUUUUCACCUCAGCCUGUCGUGAUAAACAGUCAUUUUGCCGUUAACGAAAAGUUGAUACCAGUACCAGCUUGUGAAACAACUUAGAUAUUGCAGUAUUAGAUAUGAAAAUCAUUUAAAUCAGAUUUUAACUCUGAUAUGAUCCUCUGUGCAUGAACAUCUGACGAGAGCCAUAUUAGUGACUGUAUCCUGGAAUCUUCAUCCAGAGAGAGAAUGCUUAGGUAGGUAGCGUAGUGGUUCAAGCGUUUGUACCCAUGCAUUGAACCCAGUCCUCGGAGCAAUGUGUGAAGCCCAUUUCUGGUGUGCCUCGCUGUAAUGUUGCUAAAAGCAGCAUAAAACUCCACUCCUGCAGAGUGAGUUGGGUUUUACGCCGCUUUUAGCAAUAUUCCAGCAAUAUCACGGCGGGGGACACCAGAAAUGGGCUUCACACAAUGUGCCCAUGUGGGGAAUCGAACCCGGGCCUUCGGCGUGAAUAGCGAACGCUUUAACCACUAGGCUACCCCACCGCCCCACUCAUGCAGAGAGGUAUGAGAGUAAAAAGACUUGACUUUUGUAGCACAGGCUGAGACUUAGCAAGGUUUACCAUGACAUUAACACAGUAUUAUGUUCAUUUAUUAUAAAUAUUUCCACUGUAAUCAUAAUGUUGCUCAAGGUGUCUGAAACAUAUACCCUGUUAUUGUUAAAACAGUAUGCAUAAAGGUUGAGCAAAACCAUGUUUGGUUUGAAACAUACAAUCCUAACAUUUCUAUUUCUUUGUUAAUAUAUUUUGUUGUUUAUGGUGCACAAUAUAAUAUUCUCUAGUAUUGGUUCCCAUGACAGUUUGAUCUAUACUACUCGGAGAAAGUUAAGGAUAUGCGAUUCUUGCAAACUACUGUAUUUAAUCUAGUCAGGCCAUGACAAUAACUGUACCAAUAUGAAAGAAUAGAGUGUCCUUGAAGUUCAUGCAUAUGAUACCUAUAUCUAAGGCCAUGGAAAAAAAGGGAAAUAAUUCUCAUCAGAAAUCUGUUAAUGCAUGUUCAAAUGCAGGCUUUAAAAUGUGAAUGACAUAUUUAUACUGGACAAGAACAUUGAUAAAAAUUUAUCUCAGACUCUUUCAAGAUGGAUGAUGUAAAACAUUUUCUGUUCUUUUCAUGGCCUAACAGGUUACAUAGUGAAUGGAAAUCUCAUUUCUGGAUUCAGAUCUGUCUUUUGCGAAGAAAAUGUCACAAUUUACUUAUCUCAUUACAUAAUGUAGUAAGACAAUCAAAUAUAAUUUCAGAAUAUUUGUUUUGGUGCAUUUUUUUAAAAGUUGAUACAUCAGUAAGACUAGUUUAUAUACAAGACACAUGAAAUCUGUGGUAAGUGAACUGUACAACAAAAAUCUUACAGUGGAUAGUGUUGGCUUGGCUGUAGUUGAUAAGGUGGUGUACUGAGCACCAGACCUUUCAGAUGGAAUGGGAAUAAAUCGAAAUUACUCAGAUUUUCUUUCUACAAAGCAGCCAAGUUGGUAUUAUCAAUUGUUUUUAGUUUCACUGACAUUAGAACUAAGUUUGGUCACUUCAGUCCUGGAAAUAUUCAUCUGGUUGUGUACGAUUGUAAUAAGUGAUUCUUUCUUGACAAAUAAUGUUACCUUACGUGAGGUAGAGCAGUUUAGCAUAAUUCAUAUGCCUACACUUGGAGUAGCCUGUAAGUAUGACAGAUCAUUAAGAUGGUUAUGUAUGACAUCCAAUCUGUGUUGAUGUGUAACUGGUACAUGAUCUAGUCACUACUCUCUCCUGCAUCUACAGAACCAGUAUCACAAUAAGAACAGUCUAUGCCUGUCUCAAACUCCCGGGGCCAAUAAAUAGAUCAACUUUGACCAAUCCCUUAGUAGACAAGGUCAUCAGCAAGCUGUCCUUAUAAGAGAUUACGAACCUGGUGAUCAUGGAUGCGCAGACCAGUGCUGAGAUAUCAAUCACUGGAUUUUCUGGCCCAGGCUUUAUCAUUCAUCGGACUGUUGCCAUAAAGCUGGAAUAUUGGAGUGUGGCAUUAACCUGGGCUUGUUUGUUAUGGAAGUCAGGUAAUUAGAUUUCUUACCUGUUUAAGGCCAAAUUUGGUUUUUCGGUAAAUUUGAAACAGAUUUUUUUAUUAAAGUUAGGACUAUUGAGUUCCUGACAUCCACUUUAUAAUAGUGAGUAGUAAAGUGUGUGUGGAAUCCCCGGACAGAGUUUGAGACAAGGGUAUUCAAAUGUGUUUCAUUCUUAUUUUGGUUAAAUGUUGAUUCAACACAAGCCAUAAUAAUUACUAGAUUUUCAUCCCAAACGCUCAGCCAUACAUAGAAUUGAAUUGAAUUGGUUUGAUGAAAUCGACUACCGUAUGACACAAUCUUACAGAUACUUUGAACAGUUUAAAAAUACUAAAAUAGCUCAGAUAAUUCAAGAGUUAAUUAUUUCACAAAACACAUUGUAUAAUUAUGGAAAUUCCUUGCCGAUUAUCAAAAUAUUCAUUUUGUGCUUUGUUACUUAAAGGGACAUCAUAUUGGUAGAGGGGUUGUCCUGCUACUACAUGUAACAUUAGGGUACUGUGGGAUCUCACCUCUGGAAUCAUUCAUCUGUCUUGGAUUCAUCCUGCAAAAUCAAGGUUAAUCUAUUUUGCAAAUCAAUGCUUUAAUUUCUGCCAGCAUUCGUUUGAUAAAUAAAAUCUUACUGAAUCUC